AUGGACCCCGACUGGGAAUCCGUUCUGCAGUUCGUCAGCGAUCCCCUCGACGCCGACUACGCUGCCAACAAGCACGCCGUCCGCUCCCCAAUCCAGGUCCCGACGCCCCCACAAUCCAACGACGGCUCCCCUGUCGUCGAUGACCCCGCCGACGCACAGACCCUCGUCUCAGUCUCCACCACCUUCUUCCCAGGCGCACAGCACCUCCCCGUCCAGCCAGACACAGUCCUUCUCUCCUCCGACAAUGUCUUUUUCUACGUCCAUUCACAUCUCCUCAUCGCUGCCUCCGAAAACGGCUUUCGCGGACAUCUGCCCCAGUCCCCGUCCACAUCAAAACACGGCCAAAACCCCAUCAUCUCCCUCCCAGAAAAUUCAAAGGUUCUCAAUGUGAUCCUCCACGCCGUGUACGAUAUGUCCUGCGCGCACUACUCGCCUACCUUUCCCUGUCUCAUCUCCGCCGUUAACCGCCUCCCUAUCUAUGGUAUACGCCCAAAAAGUCGCAUAGCACCCUCAAUGCCCCUCUUUUCUAUUCUCCUUUCCCAUGCACCUUUGUAUCCUAUAGAAUUAUAUGCCCUUGCCGCCUCCUUCGACCUCUACGAUCUUGCCGUGUCUACAUCAUCGCAUCUCCUCUCCUUCCCCCUGGCAUCCAUUACCGACGAGAUGGCUGAGCGCAUUGGCCCAGUCUACCUAAAGCGGCUCUUUUUCUUGCACUUUGGUCGCUCCGACGCGUUGAAGCGGGUUCUCCUCCCGCCGCCCCACCCGCAUGCACCGACUCCGCUCUGCGAUUUCACCGAACAGAAAAAGUUGACGAGGGCGUGGGCACUAGCAUCCGCGUAUCUUGCGUGGGAUGCAAGGCCGGACUUGUCGACAAGUACCAUGGAGUCUGCUCUCCGUCCCUUAGCGGAACACCUCACUUGCGAGGGAUGCCAACAAGCUCUGCGGGAUCGCAUCAAGAAUCUCGUCGUACAGUGGUCUGUCGUAAAGAGGACGAUCUGA